UGUGUCUGGGCUGCUGUGUGUUCCUUAACUAUACUGGCUGGGAUCAUAGGCCAGUCUGUCCACUUAAGCUGUUCUGAAGGCUGGAACAAGUUUGAAUCCUGUUGGUACUUCGUCUCUACUAAGAGAAAAACCUGGAAUGAGAGCAGAAAGGACUGUCUGGAGAGAGGAGCAGACCUGGUGAUCAUAAACAGCAGCGAUGAACAGAAAUUUCUCUUUAGCCUCAACAAGGGAGUCUGGAUCGGUCUGACUGACAGUGAGACUGAGGGGUCCUGGAAAUGGGUAGACGGCACACCACUGAACACAAGUUACUGGGGGAGCAACCAGCCUAGUAAAGAUGGUGAUCAUUCAACCAAUCAGAAGAAGGACUGUGUUGAACUACAAGGUGGACAAGAUCAGCCUGAAAAGACAUGGAAUGAUUUAAAGUGUGAUAAAAAACGGAACUGGAUUUGUGAGAAGUGUAAUAAAUAACCUACUGCAACAACUACCCCUCCCCCUCUCUCUCUCUCGCUCUUUUCAUCUCUAUGACUCUCUCUCUCUAUGACUCUCUAUGACUCUCUCUUCAUCUCUCUGACUCUCCCUCUCUCUUUCUGUCUCCAUCCCUACUCAUUUAUGUUUGUUUCAUUCUGAACAUAUGAAUCAAAUUCCCAUCUACUUCCUGGGAUACAUUAGUAGCUUCCUGUCUUCAGUAGUUAAAUGAUGAUCAGGUCACUCUGAGGAAGAUGUCAGCUUGAUGUUGAAAUGUCAGUCACCUGUUCACAUCCUGUACAAUGUAUUAAAGUGAGCAAUAACAAAUCAA